UCAAGAUUCGCUUUGACCUUCUAAGAAAACUUUCCACUCACACCGAGUAUGGAGGACCACGCUUGUUGUGUUCGUUUGUUGUCUUGACCUCGAUCAUCCACAAUCUAAAGAGAAGAUCCGAUGAUUAAGCUGCAAAUUUCUACGCGCUACACUUUGGAGGGUCUGUCUUCCCCGUGGGUGUUGAUGCAGCUAGAUUCGCAUUCUCUGCGUUCUCCCCGUCCAGCUAGAUUCGCAUUUUCCCCGUCCAAAUAGACCUGGAGUUUUACACAAGGCAGAGUGCUUCACAUCUCUAAUAUCUGCGAUUCCAUGCUUUCCAUGACAUUCUGAGACCACAUAGCUUGAUCUUUGCUACGAACUAGUUUUUUGGAUUUCAGAUUCACCUGCAGAGCUUAGAGCUUGUCCACUCAAUUGGGUCACCAGUGCAAAUCAACCAGCUCUUUCCGCUCGACUUCACAAUAGAGUGCAAGAAGUGUCAUGCCCAACACGCACAUGCACACAAGUUGUGACAGUGCGACGGGAAGUUAGUGCUCUUCGGGUGAGCUGGUCCUUUGGAUCGAGGAGGAGGUCUCAUGUAGGCCAGGUGACAUUUCGCUCGCGCAUGCCAAGCAGCAAACGUUUCUUACUCUGUGCGAGUGGAGGAGAGAAUGGAAGGUGCAGGUGCGUCCAUAGUCAGUCACGCUGCUGAGACACGGGGAAUGGACUCUGCAUACGAGGAACCGGAGCUUCCCUUCGCUGUCCAGGACCUUAUAUGGCGUCUGGAAGGAAAAGGCGAGCCUAUGACGACGCUUCCCUAUUUACGACAGCGAGAAUUGCGGAAGUUCUUUCCCAAGCGUGCAUCGCUCUCGACGAUCACAGGGUGGCGAAGCAAAGUGCGCCUUCGAGUGCUGGAGGCAAUCGGCAACUGCAACACUCUUACACACCUACACGUGUUAGAUAUUUGUAGGGGAGAUAUGUCGAUGUUGACGGCAAGCGAGUGGGAGGUAGUUCUCAGAGGAUUCAUGUCUAGCACCGUUAUAAAAAUGAUAAUCCUUUACUUUUACUCACAUGAGGAAGUUGAGAGCUGGAUUUCAGAUGAGGAAGUGGAGAGCUCGAUUUCAGAUGAGGAAGUUGAGAGCUCGAUUUUAGAUGAGGAAGUGGAGAGCUUUUGUUUACUGAUAGGGAGAAUUCUGAAUUCCUCUAGCGUACAAGUAUUGAGAAUACAAUCUUGCAAGUUGAGUGCCAGAUGUUUCUUGAAUCUCGCCUCAGGACUGCGAGGAAAUUCCGAUUCUAAACUCCAGCGGUUAGAGUUAUUGGGUGACGCGUGGGAGGACUCGAGUGCCGUGAAGCAUGUGGCCGACAUGAUCAACAGUGCUCCUCGAUUAGAAACGUUGGGUUUAUACCGUAUGGGAGCCAUGGAGGAGGAGUACGUUGGAAUCCUGUCCCAGGCUUUGAUUCAAAGCUCGUCAUUGAAGGAAUUGUGGUUAGAGAAGGUGGAGUGGGGAGCGGCCUUGUUGCUGAAAGCUUUGGCCGGAGAUGAUGGCAACCGAUCCAUUGAACUCCUUUACCUGCAAAGGAUGGAUGGACUCGGAGGCUGUUUAACGGAAGUUCUUACCUCCAACCCAUCAUUGAAGGAAGUGACGUUACGGGAAGUAAAGAUGAGUCCUGAGGAAUGGCACCAGCUCGGCGAAGUCAUACGUGACCAGGCUAGAGCAACAUACUUUACCGUUCAGUUUCUUUCGUUUGAAUGGUUUGAAUGGGAGUCAAUAGAAGCUCUUGCGUGUGCUGCUAGCUCCGAAGUCAAGGACCCCGUAGUGGAUCUUGCACUCUAUUCUGGCAAUGAGGAUGAGUUCAUGUUAUCAGGAAACCUCUUAGGUAGGGUACUGCGCGGAGAAAUCAAAUCUCUGAAAUCUUUCACUAUCUUCGCGGUAUGGAUUGACACUUCAGGUACCAACCAACCGGAAAGUAUCCUGUCCAUGAAUGGAAAAACUGGAGAAACUUCCGUCUUGAAGAAACUCCUAUUACAGGUUGGAAGCAAUGAUCUUUGGAAGGGUCUACUGAAGGACCUGCUUUUGUGCCUGCGAGGGAAUACAAGUCUCAUUCACUUAGAUUUGUCUUAUUCCGAACUCGACGAAGAGACGUUUAUAGACCUAAUGGAGCUACUCCAAGUGAAUUUGACUCUCCAGGAAAUACGUGUCAGAGGAACCUCAUGGGCAAGGGACGGAAAGGCGGCGCUGAUCGAUGAGGCCCUCAAGCAAAACCAGCAGCGGGCUGUCUACAUGUCCGUAUUCCGUGAAGCCAAAUUAACAUUUGGAGAUGCAAAAGCUGGUCGGCUCUUCUUAUGCGGCUCUCCUCUUGCAGGCAAGACUCAAUUACGUCAAACAUUGGUACACGGAAAAAAAUGGUACCGAAAGCCAUGGGCCAAAUUAAGGAGGAGAAGGACCGAAGGAAUUGAAGUGGAGUUUUUGCAAAACAAUGACAAAGGUCAAAUCUCAAUUUGGGAUCUUGCGGGACAAGAGAUUUUCCGUACCCUUCAAAGUGUGCUUUUCCCUCCAAGUAGCAAUUUUUGUGUUUUUCUAUUUGUGUAUAGCCCUUUCUGUCAGAUCACAUCUUCGAACAAAGCAGAAUCUGAUUUUGAGACAGAGUUGGAGGAAUGGUUGAGUUUCAUCACAUCCAGCACGAGGGUUAUCGGACAUAAUCUUCCACAAGUUCUUGUUGUGAUUUCACACAAGGAUAAGGCCAUAGACAGUUCUUUGAGUUGGGCUAAGUUCAUAGUGAACAAGCUCUCUGAAAGAUUUGCAAGAUUUGUGUAUAUCCACCCUAUUCAAGACUGUUGUCAUGUGGAUGCUCGAAAAAAUAAGCAAGUUAUUCCUCUCAAACAUCAUAUUUUUGAGAUCUUUGAGAAGUUUUUGAAAAAAAAAUCUCCACAAGUUCCCUACUUGUGUUCUCAACUCUCGUCACUCUUGGUUAAAAACACCAAGGAGAAUAGAAGUGGCCCUCUUUUGUCAUCCCAAGAGUUUCGUGAAUUCUGUGCUCCCCAUUUGACACAAUUUCUUUCAUCCUCUUCUGCUCAAGCCUUUGAUCAUUCAAGGAUACAAGUUUCAAUCACAUCAUAUUUGAAUGAUGUUGGAUCCAUCAUUUCUAUUCCUAACUUUGAUCACAUCAUUGUAGAUCCAAACUGGCUCACACAUACAUUAUUAGGUGAGCUUGUAGCGCUGGGUCAAGACUUUCAAGCUCUUGAGACUCCAACUUUUGAGAAAAGGAUGUCACGUGACUCAUUUGCAAGCAAGGACGGAUUUGUGAGUGAGAGAGACUUUGGUCGGUUGAUAGACAAGUUUCUGGAAAAACAGUCACCUAGAAAGAAAUUUGUGGACAGAAAGGUGAUUGAAAACAUCCUUAUCCAUUUAGAUUUGUGUUUCAAGGUGGAAGAUACUUCUCUUCCCUCUUCAUUCAUUCAUUCAUUCAGAUACUUCAUUCCCUCUUUCAUACCUGAGCAUGCAAGCACUGAAGGACAGGAUCAUCAAGGAUUGGCGCACGUGGAGUCGAUGGGUUGGGAUUCUAGGGAUGAGACUUCAAAGUUUGUUGGCAUUCGGAUUCAAUGCCAAGAUGAAAGAACAAUGUCACUGACUGCUGGUUUUUUCCCAUGCUUCCAGAUGUUCAUGAGACGGAAGUUGAUAUUGGAGAUGGAUGUUUCCGAGAAGACUAUGAUCUACUCUCGACAUUAUCUGCGACUUGUCAUUGACGGACAUGAAAUUUAUAUCCAGCAAGACAGGUCCAAGAAAUACGUGGAUGUUCUGAUGUUAUGCUCGAAGCAUAAGUCAAGGCAGGUUGCUGUGAAAUUCGUGAUGAAGCAUUUCGUCAAGGAGUUGAUAUCAUUUUGCGCAUCCUCCAAAGGCUCUCCCGGGGUGACGUUAGUGCUCGGUGUGAUACAAACACUUUGCGUGGAGAUCCUGAUUCCGAGUCACAUGAGAAGGGCAAUUCUAGUCGAGAAACUCAAAUCGAAUUUCAUUCGUAGCAUCAAUGGCGAACUUGAGGAUAUUCCCUUGGAUAAGUCUCAUUUGGAGAAGGAGGAUGAGUUGUUCAACUAUGAGCACUCUUGGCCCUUGAUUGAAGGAUACACAACAAAGGUUAUAUCCGAAAGAGCUAGGGAUUUGUUGUGGGAGAGCGAUGUGGAAGAGGUUGUGAAUGAAAUCCGACAGAAGCGAAUGCAACAAUUGGAGUCAUUUCAGCAAGACCUUAUCCAACAAUUGGGGUCAUUGCAGCAAGGUUUAGAGGAAGUGAACAAAGAUUUGAUUCAUUCUUACGCUGAAGAUGAGAACGUGGUUACCAAUGCAAAUUUUCCUGAUGUGAAAGAUUCCAAUCAACCUUCAUCCAGUUGCAUAAGUCGGGUGAGCACAAGUGUGAAAAACCUUGAUACCCGACUUGUUUUGGAAAAGAUGGAUCAACUAGAAAAAAAAGUUGAUGGUGUUGAUGAGAGGUUGAGAUCAAUGGAGAAAAUUUUGCAGAGAUUGGAGAUGAAGGUGGAACAGAUACUCUCUCUACAAAAAGAACUGCAGUCAACGCGGAGUGAUUUCAUGUCCAAAGUGGACAGGAUUCUUGAGUAUUCUCAAACGUUGCAGCAUUCCAGUACGCCCAAGCGACCUUACAUUACGAACAAUGUUGGCCUUUUCUAUAGGAUGAGUGCUACUUUGCAUGCCGGGACAACCGUCCGCUUACACUUGAUGUGUGAGUCCGCGACCGGGUUUCACCCUGUCAGAGAUCAAGAAGGUUUGAAGAUACGCUUGGAUCGGAAGGAUUGUGAAUGGAUUCAAAAAACUAUUGAAAUCUCAUUCAAAUUCAUGUAUUAUGCUGUGAAGGCUGGAUUGGAUGUGACUUUCGGGUUGGGCCAAGCAAUUCCGGAGUGGGAAGAUUUGAAAUCUGAUAUUGUUAAGUUAGAUGGCAUUAGCGAUCGUGAUCGUAGUGCAGUUUCAAAAGUUGGGGAAAGCAAGGAGCUGAGAGAAGCAUGGUCGAGGAUUCAACAAACUCUUGCGCCACAGCUUCGAGAUAGGUAUUCGGCAACCUUCAAGUUGUAUCAGGUGAAAUACGUGAGACAAGAACUAGGUGGGCAUGCAUGGGUGUGCGAGGAGUGCAUGAAUGAAGGUCUUAGAACAGGCAUUUUGUUAGGAAUUUGAAGACCUUAGAAUGUCAUGAUGCAAAUGACAAGCAUAUGUUCAGACACUCAUGCAAUGUGACGCUCUGCAAAAUCCUCCUUCGUGUUUUCACGUUCACAUGUCUUUUCUAUGCAAUCAUAUCAAUCGUGGAGUUAUGUUUCUG